AUGCGGCACGGGCCGUGCUCGGGCCUGCCCGCGGCUUUCCUCCUCUUCCUCGGUCUUGUUGCUCUUGGGUUCGCAGCGCAGGCUGCACACGGCUUUGUUGAGAUGGGCGUUCUGCAACCGGGUGGUGCGGGACAACCAGUGCAACUGGUCAGCCUCAACGCGAAUAUGACCGUGGCGCACACGCAGCAGUCGUUCUCCCUCGGGGCGGGAGUACAGGAGGUGCUGCAGGUCAAUGGCUUCCGCUGCCGACCCACGGGGCCCUUCUGCCUCUUCACCACCUUUGACGGCAGCACAUCGCGCCUGUACAACGUGACUUUAGCCACCGCCCGUGUCACCAGCAUCUUUGCUCUCGAGGGUCAACUCCGCGACUUGCACGUUGAUCUAGCCACGGGAGCUGCCAUCGCCGUGUUGACCAGCUCGGAUGAGGCCACCGUCGUGCAGAUCUUGGAUGGAGAGCGCUCAGAUGUUGUCCAGCUCGGUCCUUUGGGAGGCAAUGCUUCCACCUUCCAUCCUGGCUUUUCAACCCAUUGCUCUGAUCUUCAAAUUCUUUGGGUGCAGCUCCAUGAUCCGGCCGCCUCGACAACCAGCGGAGCCACUCUGCAUCAAAUUGAUCUCGCAGCAAGUCGCUUGGUACAAUCCACUAACCUAGACCAACCAUUUGCCGCGCUGUGGGCCAGCUGCAUUGAUCAGAUCAACCUGAACCAGGUUGCUGGUGCCUUGCUAAGUCGCAACGGGUCACAAAUUGCCUUUGGACUCGUGGCGAAAGGCUCGGGCCAUGUCGAGACAGUGCAUGUCACCUCCAGUCCGGACCCUCGCUUGCGGCUGUCAGGCGUCAUCACCGAAGGCGCUGAUACCGAUUAUGUCUUUCUCAUGGAACUGCCCCCUGCAGAAGGCCGCGAUGCCCGUGCGAGUACCAAUACGGGCGUUGCCGUUCGGGGUAACUUUCAUGGCACAGGUUCACUCGUCAUCUCCAAGCUCACGGCCCAGCUCAUAGGAGCCGCCCGUCUCUCUUAA